CCAAUGAAAUCCUGAUGGAGGCGGGAUUUCAGGAAGUUUGGAAAGUUGUUCGGGAGUACAAUGGGAAGAAAAUACGAUGUGCAAGUAAAUGUUUGACUUGAUCUAGUUCAAGGAGGACAGAAUUUCUUGGUUUUAAGAAAAGGAAAUCUACUAAAUAUGAAUCAGUUGAGUUUGGAAAAAAGCGGUGAUUUGUUUCUAGACUGAAGUAUUCAUUUCACAUUGUUCUAAUUCAAAAUAACGGACGACUGUAAAGACACUACAUGUCUUUAAAUAAAAUGUUUCGCUUUUGCAACCUUAUUCUUACAAUGUGCAAUUAUUGUACUAAAUUAAAACGAAAUGACUAUUAAUACGAAUGGGAAAUAUAUUGCUGUCGCUGUACUAUCAAAGUACGUGUUAAUACAUGUAUAGUCAUCUACAACAAAUCACUUCUGAUUUUUUAUUUCGAAAUUAAAAAUUGACGAGAUAUUAAACAAUAAUACAUUUUUACCUCUGUAACUUAAAUAGACUUGAGGUGAGUUUUGUUUUCAAGAGAAACUGAUGCUGUUUCGAGCAAUAACAGCAGUGCUUUGCAUCGUAACCGUCCAAAAGGCAAUGUGCAAGGAAAAAUGGGCGACACAGUCCUGCUUAUUUAGUUCUGAAAAGGUGCUGAAUGCUGGAGCAUCACUGUACACACAGUCAGUGCACAGAAGAUGGCCUAACUGUUCCAAAGAACCUGAAGACCAUGUUAUCUGGAGUUGUGCAGAGAGAGGACGUGGCACUCUGUGUAGGAAGCUAGGAGAGACUCCAGAAUAUUGUCCUGAUCCUUCUAUUGCCUCAUCCGCACCAAGUGAUCCCUGGAGCCAUUCAUUGUUCAGUCUUAUUAGUUCCUUUAAAGAUGGUGUUCUCUACUGGAUCAGAAGAGAAUCUUCGCCAAGACACAAAAAAAUUCGAAGUCUGGUUAAAGCUCAUACAUUUGGUCUCACUUUUCACAAAUGUGCACAGGUGGAUGUAGGUAAAGAAUUCCCCACAUUGACUAUCAUUCUGCUGGUCAAUAAUACAGCUGGUGCAUCAGCCUACAACCUUUCUCAGCUGAGCAUAAGGGAUGCAGUUGCAGGCCUCACCUUACUGGCAAACGGUGGAAAUUUGUUGGAAAGUGGUUUUCAGACUUUUACCACAGACUCUCUGACAGCUGGAUCAUGCUACACGGUGAAGUAUUCAGCCCAGAUGAAAGGAGAACAAAAUGACAUAUUGUCAUUGCCUGCCUACCUGACAUUUUCCAAUGCUUCGCAGAAUGACAUUAAUUUAUUUGGUCCUGUGGUUGCGAAUUUUACCCUGAGGGUGAAUUCAACAGCAAAGGUUUCUUCAAAUCAUGGCAUCCACUUUGUUGGCUUCUUGGUGGGAUUCCUGGUUGCCUCCAUUCUUAUGACUCUGGCUUUCCUCCUAUUUUCUUGGAUUGGUAUCCCACAAAUGUCUUGUUGUAAAAGAAAGAGGAGAGGUGGUCUUUCUGGGGACACUGACCCAGAAUAUGCAGUGUGCAACGUCAGUGAGACAGCCAAAGAAGAGGCAGCCUUUGAGGAUAAAAUUGUCGACAUUAUGAUCUUGGAGGAUCCUCAAAACAUGUACCAAGCUUUAGAAAAUUUGGAUAUGUCAACAUUGCUGCGUGCUGCGGCCAGCUUAGAGAGUUUCCGAGUUCAGGUUUACAAAGACCUAGUCGCCAUGCUUCUCCGGAAUCUGAAGAUGAACGGUGGCGUUUCGGCCCUGGCCGAGAAGAGACUGAACAGCGUGUUGAAUGGACAGCUGAUGGGAAUGGAGGGCAAGCUGAAGGAGGAGCAUGUGGCCAGAAUGGCAGCGCUGGCAGCUGAAUGUAACCGGGAGACCCGUGAGGAAAUGGAGGCGGAGCACAGGAGGGUAACUGUGGAGAAGGCUCAAGCGGAGCAUCUUUUUCAGCAGGCGGAUCAACAGGUAGUGUUGGAGUUGAGUGUGUUGCUGGACAAGCUCCAUAAAUUAGACCAGAGCUACUUGCAACGCUGCCUCCUGGUCAGGCAUGAGGAAGCAUCUGCAAAGGUCCAACGGCAGACUGUCGUUUGCCGGAGACUGGAGCUCCAUAAGAUCUUCUUCGAAGAACUGGAAGAGGCAACGAGAAUGAAGGAACUAGAGAAGAACGUGGCCAAUCAAUUACUGCAUGCGUAUUUCUCGAGCCAGGAUCAACUUGAAGAAGUUUUGGACAUCUUUCUGGCAAACCAGAGGAGUAUUCUUGAAGAGAGACAUGCUCAGAGGCAGUUUCUGGCACACAGUCUUCAGAGCUUGAAAACUUUGAUCUGUGAAGUCUUUACUAAUACUUCCAGGCAGAUGGAAAACUGGUUCCAAGACCUAAAGAAUGAAAGGUACGUGACUGAGGAACAGGCGAACUUGCUUUUAGACAAAGCCAAAAAAGAGCUGCUUCAUGUGAAACAAAAUCUGGAUGAAGGGUUGAACCGGGAGAAGAAUGCCUUACACUGCAGUCUCAUCAAGAAGAGAAGAAGCCUUAUUUCUGAUAAACUUCAGAAGCAUAAAGAAGAACACAAAGAUCUGUCUGCCUUUUCCAGAACUUCAGAAGAAAGUCUGGAUCUUGCUGAUUACCUGAGCUGUUGGCAAAACCUCCUGACAUCUCAGUGUUUAGAGCUUGGGGACCUCAUUAAUAACCUGGAUGAGGAGGCAGCUGCUGACAUCCGGAAAGUUACCAUACGUCUUAUCCAAAGUGCAAUGAGUGACAUCAAGGCCAUCCAGCCCAAUAUUGCCCAACACUUGAUGGACUUAGGAGCUCCAAGAUACGCCCUGCUGCACUCUGGGCUGACACAUGAGCUGGUGUCCAGCGCUCUCUCCGAAGCCCAGGAGAGGCUCCACAAAGAAGGGAAAAUCGCUGUAAAAACACUCCAGAGGAGCAGGGAUACACUCCAAGAGCAACUGAGGCUGGAGCUUCAGGAACAACAGACCUUGCGCCAGAGAGGGAGGGCAGUGUUUCAAAACCUCUGCAGAGCUCAGCUUACAAUGUCUGAUGAUGAUUUAUUGAAGAUGAAGCUGGAGUUUCAGUAUUGUCUUUCAAGGAUGGACAAGUGCUUGGUUCUUCCAAGGGCUCUGGCAAGGUCUAGAUUGCAGGUCUGCCUGUCAGACUGGAGGAAAACUAUGCUAAUGAAGAUGGAGCACAAUUAUGCAGCUCUACAGGAGAAACAGGUCCUGGCAGAGCUGCAGCAUGAAAGAGAAGACCUUCUCAAAUCUCAGGAGGAACGCCUGGGAGCUCACAUAACUGCUUUACAGUUCCAAAAAGCUGAAAAGAGAGCAAAGGCCCUGGAGACGUAUGCUGCCAUUUUGAAUCUGCAAUCGCUGCUAGUGGAGGAGCUGAGCAUUUCAGGGUCAAUGACAACCCCAGAAAUAGCACAAACAAUCCAGAACCACAGUCAUGGAUUGGAAGUUACAGAAAACCUGCUCCAAAAGUGUCUGGCUGACUGGAAGGCCUUAACAGUGGCACCCACCUUAACCUCAGGACCUGAUGCACCUUCAGCUGAGAUCUCCAAAGAAGAGGAGGACUGCCGCAUGACUGUCAGAUUGCAGCAGGCUCUCAAUAAGUCUCACCACGUGAUGCAUUUGCAAAGAAACAGACUGAAAGAAGAGCACACAAGAUAUCAGAUAAAAGAAGAUUUGAAAGAGCAACUGGAGUUUAAGACACUCCAUAUACAUUUUGAUCAGGAUCUUGAGUUCGCGGCCAGUUUGGUGAAGCAAAGUCAGAUUUCAGCCUGUGUCUUGCUUGAAGUCUUGCAUUUAUUCCUCCCAACAUCUUCAGAAUCUGAACUUAUUUCCAUCAUUGAUGUGCUGUUGCCCAAGCCACCUUCAAAUGAGAGAGAGAAAGGGUGGACUGAUGGAUCAAGAAAAUCCCUUCUUAUUAAACUAAGAGAAGACAUCAUCAGUAAAAAUGUGAUCAGUGGUCCACUGGACAAAGGGUUUGAAAGGGUUUUGAUGAAAAAACAGGUUGAUGUGGAAACUUCAAGAAGUGUCCGAAACAGUGUUGUCCAGAACAUUAUAGAAGAUCAGUGUUCCGAUCCAGCAGCAGAAAUCCUGGACCUACAUGACACAGGAGAGAAAGUGUUUGUUUUUCGUUUUGAGUCAGAACAGAAAGACUUUUCAGACACAAUUUGUAAAAAGAAGAAAAAAAGGAGCUUCCUAAACUUCAAAAAAGCCACAGUUGCUAAUAUAGACUGAAAAUAAAUGUAUCUUUUCCAUGCUGACCUUUUAAUUGGAAAAUCUGGAGCUAUGUAUAUAAUAUGAUAACUGUCUCUUGAAUUAUAUAUACUUAUUUGUAAUACAAAGGUUCUGUUGAUAAUUUUUACUGUAAAUAUUAUCACGUGAUGCUGUGAAUUUAUGUGUCUUCAAUUACAACACAGCUGUACCACAAUGAAACAAGAUCUUGAGUGAUUACAAAAGCUCAGAAAAGCUGUUUUUAGAUCAGCACUACAAUCGACUGUAUUACACUAGCUAUCCAGGAGGUUAUACUAUUCCCUCUGGGCUUAACAAUUAAAGCUAAUGUCUCAGUGAAUGAAUGGUAGUAUUGUGGUGUGUUUCUCAGACAUUAUAAUUAAAAAUUUCUUAAUAUUGUUUUUCAGGAGUAGAGAGGCAAAAGCUGUUUUUAUUACUCUGUCUAAAUUAAGACAAUAUCAACCCCUAUGGAAAUUUUCUUCCCACUGUCUUUUCUUCUCACUGUAUUUUCUAUGUAGUCCAUUUGAUCAUAUGUUAGUUACAAAUAAUAAAGUAAUAGACUCCUA